GAGUGUACGCGAUGGUGGAUGGGAUGCUGCGGGCGACAGUUGCUCUCGGGCCGGACGCUCAACCAUGUUGCGACUCCUGCUUGUCUUAGCUGCGCUAACGCACCUUUCAUUUGAGCGCGAUGUGUACCAUCCUUCGUUGCGCAGCUCUGCCUCGGAGGCGCUGCUUAGCAACAAAGCGGAGAUGCAACCAUCGUACUGGGCGGAGGAGGCUCGCGCGGGCAUCGAGCGGCGGCUGCGGCGGCGCGGCGGGCCGCGCGGGCGCGCGCGCAACGUCGUCAUGUUCCUGGGCGACGGCAUGUCCGUGCCCACGCUGGGCGCCGCGCGCGCGCUGCUCGGCCAGCGACAGGGGCUCACUGGGGAAGAGGCACAGCUUUCUUUUGAACAGUUCCCUACUGUAGGACUAUCCAAGACGUACUGCGUGGACGCGCAGAUAGCAGACUCGGCGUGCACAGCGACGGCGUACCUGUGCGGCGUGAAGACGAACUACGGCACCAUCGGCGUGACGCCGGCGGUGGCGCGCCGCAACUGCUCGCACGCCGCCGACCCCGCCACGCACGUGCGCUCCAUCGCCGCCUGGGCGCUCGACGCGGGCAAGGACGCGGGCAUCGUGACGACGACGCGCGUGACGCACGCGUCGCCGGCGGGCGCGUACGCGCACACGGCGCAGCGCGACUGGGAGGACGACGCCGAGCUGCGGCUGGAGUGCGGCGACGCCGACCCCGCCGCGCGGCAGCGGGACAUCGCGCACCAGCUCGUGCACUCCGCGCCUGGCAACCAGUUUAAGGUAAUCUUGGGAGGAGGAAGGCGUGAGUUUCUACCGAACACGAUGGUGGACGAAGAAGGAACUCCUGGCAAAAGAGCAGAUGGAAAUAACUUAAUCGAAGCAUGGGAAGCAGAUAAACGAGAACGUAAUGUUUCUUACCAAUAUGUAUGGAACCGCAAGCAGUUGAUGCAGUUAUCUCUUUCUCCACCGGAGUAUCUCCUCGGUCUCUUUGAAGGCAAUCACAUGCAAUACCAUAUGCAAGCGGACCCUGAAACUGAGCCAACUCUGGCCGAGUUGACGGAGAUAGCGAUCAGGUCUUUGAACAGAAACGAGAAUGGGUUUUUCCUGUUCGUGGAAGGAGGGCGCAUUGACCACGCGCAUCACGAUAACUACGUAAGCUUGGCGCUCGACGAGACGCUGGAGCUGAGCCGAGCGGUGGCGCGCGCGGCCGAGCUGCUCUCGGAGGAGGACUCGCUGCUGGUGGUGACGGCGGACCACGCGCACGUGAUGGGCUAUAGCGGCUACACGCACCGCGGGAGCGACAUCCUCGGGCUGUCCGACGACCGCGGCGACGACGGCCUGCCCUACACGACGCUGUCUUACAUCAACGGGCCUGGCUACCGUCCGCCCGUGGAUGGUCAUCGUGACGACGUUUCUCAAUACGACUAUAAAGACCCCGAGCUCCGCUUCCCGUCGGGCGUGCCGCUGGAGUCGGAGACGCACGGCGGCGACGACGUGGGCGUGUUCGCGCGCGGGCCGCACCACGACUUGUUCACGGGCGUGUACGAGCAGAGCCAGCUGCCCUUCCUUAUGGCUUACGCUGGCUGCUUCGGGCCGGGCGCGCACGCUUGUGAUGAAACCGAUUAGCCUCAUAGAACUCUAACGAAGGAGUAAUUAAUGUGAUAUUUUUAUUUACAAUAAACAGAUGUUUGCUCAUGAUAUAUAUUUUAAUCAGUAUUACUAAUUUGAAAUUAUUAAUAAACGAGUACGAUGUACACUAUUACU